UUUUAGGUCAACCCAUCAAUUUACCCAAGAAAAGAAAAUAUAGACGAUUUAUUUUCCCCAAUUAUUGAUCGGCCGAGCGAAAAAACGGUCCAGUUUUUUAAGAAACUCCGGAAGGACCCAAAAAUCGGCCACCUGAAGUUGAACAAAAUGUCGGCGUUACCGGACGAGCUCUGGACAAAGAUAAUGGAAAUUGGAAUCAAUGGACGGACCCUCGAUUACAAGAACCUCUGCUGCCUCUCCAUCACCUGCCGCCGCCUCCGCCGCCUUGCCGCCGACGAUGCUCUUUGGUCCCUUCUUCUCCUUUCCGACUACCCUUCUUCUGGAGGCGAUUCAAAUUCGCGUAACAGAGAUGUUAAAAGUAGCAGCCGCACCUCGCCUUCAGCUGCCAACGGCAAGUUCAAGAACAUCUACAAAAUUAGAUAUGAGAAGGACAGAGAACAGAAGCGCCUAGCACAUAGGCGAGCUGUUCUGAGAAUCGAGAGUCAAAUAGCCGAGCAUUCGAAGAAAAUUCAGGAGAUAAAACUCCGUACCUCAGAUGAGAAAGAGAAAAUGAACAAGGCAAUUGUUGAGCUGUUGAAUCUACGUAAGAUCAGGCAAGCUUCUGUUGCGUUGAAUGUUUGGCAGCCGGAAAUUAUCCGGGGCAGGCAAAAAGAGAUGGUUCAUCAGAUUAAUGUGCCUGUUGAUAUUCGAAUCAAUGCCCUUGAGAUGGAGAUUAACCUAUGCAAGCAACAAAUUGCGGGGUUCGAUAAGGCCCUUAAAGUAGAGAAAAGAAGGCUUCAUACAGCUAAAGAGGAGCUGGGUUCGGUGCAAUAUCAUCCUUUGCGUGAAUUUGGUAGCUCUACUGAGCAGUUAGAUCUAUGCAGGAUUAGAAAUAAAAAGUCCAAACAUAGUUCAACAGGGACAUCCUAAGCUCAUUUUCCGAUGUAAUAUCAAAUAUGAAGUGAUUCUUUUAACUUUCUGAUAAAUUAUACUUAUUUUUCCGGUUGCUUUAUACCUUUGGUUUUACACUCACGAAUUGUAAAAUGCAUUUUUACACUCUCUGAUGCUGCUUAAGUGCAGUGAGUUGUGGAUGAAGACAUGAAGAGAGGGGUGCUUACUUGCAUAUGUACCAAGGAUUAUAAGUAAGCUUUUCAACCAAUCUUUUUACUGAACAAUUACAACAACAACAUAGCCUUUGGUUUUUACUGAAGAAUUAAUUUAAU